ACUUCAGGCACUGCUUCUUCUAUGCUGUCUCUGCUCCAGUCUUUUCUCCUCUUCCUCCUCAGGACAGGAGGAGCAGUUUCAGGUUCUUCAUUUGUAAUGAAGAGUAAAAGCACUGAUAUAGCCUCCCUUGGGAACAACGUGACCCUGAAAUGUAACUUGACAAUCCCAGCUGAUGUUCUGCAGAUUACCUGGCAAAAGGUCCAAGGAUCUGUACCUGAAAACAUCGGCACCUACAGCAGCCGAUAUGGUGGAAAAAUUCUCCCGCCAUACAACAAUCGGAUUCAGUACAACAGUACAGAACUGACAUCGUCAAGCAUGACUAUAUAUAAUGUGACCUGGGAGGAUGAUGCAUGUUACAAGUGUCUCUUUAAUGUUUUUCCAAAUGGUAUCCAUGGAGGACAAAUGUGCUUCAGUGUACAACAUGUGUCUGAAUUAAGAAUUGAGUGCCAUCCUCACCCCACCAAAGAGAAAAUCCUUGUAGUCAUCUGCUCCGCUACAGGAAAACCUGCUCCACACAUCACCUUCUCCCAUGAGAGCCUGCUGAUGGGAUCACCUAAGGAACAUAUUGAUCAGAACCCAGAUGGCAUAGCUAAUGUCACCAAAUGGUAUAACAUCUCGCUGGAGGAUAUGAGGAAACUUCAGAAUGCAUCCUGUGACAUGGAUCACCCCCUAAGGAAGGAGAAAAAACAUGUUUGUUUUCCCCAGGAAUCAGAAUGUAAGUAA